AUGGAGUUGGGUCCGCGGGGGGCGCGGGGGGCCCGAGGAGCAGGGGAUAAUGGCGGCGCAAUAUCGGAUGGAAAUGCGCGGCAUUGCGCGCCGCCCGAGUGCAGGGAGUGCACGAUCGGGCUGCAAUUUGAGCGGCGAGUGGCGAAAUCGGAGAGCGGACGGAACGCGACACCCCACUUAUCGCGCGACGUGAAAGUCGGACGUCUUAUUGAAUUCCGCUAUUUA